AGGAAAAGCUGUAGAGCUGGGGCCGGAGUGGAGCAUUUGAGCUUGAAGGUGAGCUGAGUGGUGUUAAAGUCAGAACUACAUGGAGUAGGCCGGAGGCGGAUUGGUGGUUAUGUUGCACCAAAACGGCAGCUACUCACGCCUACAUUUUUGCACACUUUCCUCCAAAACGGACUUUUCUCGGACAGGUGCUGGGCUAUUUUCUGGAGAUUUCUUUCAUCCCACUUUGGUGCGUGCGUAAACGUCAAACGGAUGGUUUAGAGUCGGUCAUAAGUAACUAUUUUUUUCUAACGUUGAAUCGUGGACGCGCGUUUGGUCAUAGGUUCUCACGCCGUUUGGAAGAUGUCUGAAAGACCUCAGAGUCCGGAGUGCCAAAUCCGGCCUUAUGACUUCAGCCGAAGCAACCCUUGCACCCAGCUUCUGGGUCAUGAGAGUUUGGGCAGCGCUGCGUCAUUCCAGCUUCCGCACGGCGUCCUGACUGACCCGAGCCUCCUCUACAACAAAUCCGCCUAUGGUGGCAUCACGCCGGCAUCCGCGCAGACUUUUUUCCCUUUCCCACCCGUCACCGGUGACUACAGGGGACCUGACAUGCAGACUGGAGAGUUUGGGCAACCCAAGCACUGGUAUCCCUUCGCUGCGCCCGAGUACACCGGCCAGGUACCCGGAGUCGCAGCAGCUACCCAGCCUACUAACCUGAGUCCCCCAAUAGCCGAGACCCGGGAGCAGAUCAAGCUACCCGAAAUAAAGACAGAGAAGGAAACCGGUGAUGACCACUCAACGGAGAUAAAAAUCCAGCAGUACCCAACACCGCCAGCCUCCGCCGCCAUGUCCCACGGAGUCUUCUACUCCCCGGCCUGGAACCCGUCCUUCUGGCCUGGGAUCACCCACAUCACUCCACCCGGGAGCAACAAUCAAAACCCCUCGACAUCCUCUGCGUCCUCGCCCUCUAUGUCCCCUUCACCCCCGAGCAACGGGCUCCCAGGGAACGCGUUUUUCAGCGUGAACUCAAACCAGCCUGCAACCGGGCCGCAGGCGCAGAACCUGGCCUCCUCCACGCGGAGCAGCGGGUCCUCCAGCGGCGGGUGCAGCGACUCAGAAGAGGAGAAUCUUUCCACAGAAGAACUAGAGCAGUUCGCCAAAGAGCUAAAACACAAACGCAUUACCUUGGGUUUCACUCAAGCUGAUGUUGGCCUUGCCCUGGGCAACCUCUAUGGUAAAAUGUUCAGCCAGACAACCAUUUGCCGCUUUGAGGCUCUGCAGCUGAGCUUCAAGAACAUGUGCAAGCUGAAGCCCCUUCUUCAGAGAUGGCUGAAUGAGGCAGAGACUUCGGACAAUCCCCAGGAUAUGUACAAGAUUGAGCGAGUAUUUGUUGACACAAGAAAAAGGAAGAGGAGGACCAGUCUGGAGGGAGCUGUGCGUUCUGCUCUGGAGUCUUAUUUCAUCAAGUGUCCCAAGCCCAACACCCAGGAGAUCACGCACAUCUCAGAUGACUUGGGUCUGGAGAGAGAUGUCGUACGGGUGUGGUUCUGCAACCGAAGACAGAAAGGAAAGCGCCUGGCCUUGCCACUAGACGAGGAGUGUGACGGCCAGUACUACGAGCAGAGUCCCUCCCCACUGAACAUGGCCCCCUCCCCCAAUCCUGGUCAGGGCUACCCUGUUCCCAGCUACCCCGGUGCCCCUCCUCCCACGCUCUACAUGCCCCAGCUUCAUCGGCCCGAUGUCCUAAAACAGGCCCUGCACCCCGGACUGGUUGGUCACCUGACUGGAUAAACAUGCUCAGGUAGACCAUGCCAAAACCACAGAUCACCAUUCCAAAGCAUCUUUGUCCAACUCAAGCUAAACACGAGCCUCUAAACUCAGUACAAAGAUCGACCGAUCACAUCGGCGGAUUGUGGGAUGGAAACACUCAAAGUUUGGAGGUUCUUCUGACCACAGCAGUGAGAUGGAAUGAAGUGGUUUCUUGUUUGUUUUGAUGGUGAAACCUGAUGAACAUCGGCAACAACCUCUUACCCCGACCAGCAUCUCCCACAACGGCUUUGACUUAAAAUUAGGAGAAAUUCCAACUGAAUGUGCCUUCUGUUUAUUUUUGUAAUAAUGCAUAGUAAAUUAUUCCAUAGGCUUUAAUGAUAACAGGUUUAGAACAAUGCCAAAGUGAAAUUUUGUGCUACAGUAACAUGGUCCAGUUGAGGAGUGAGUAAAAGAGCCAGGGUAGUCUUUCAGUCCUGUACAGGUUUUCUGUGGUGCAGAUAAGGAAAGAUCUGGGUUAAUCAAAGGAAUCACAAUGUGAGGUUUUUAAACUAAAUUAACCUUCGGCAGUUUGGUCAGUGUUUGUGCAAUACUUGUGUGUCCCAUCCGAGUAGAGCAGCUGCAGUACUCCUCCGCCUUUCAAAGAAAUGGAAAAUUUCUUUUUUUUCCAUCUAUUUUUGCACAAAGUUGCUUCUGUAAUGUUGAAUAUUAUAUCUUUUUUAAAAAUGUGUCCCGUUUGUAUACCAAAUCCAGAUUUUGGCCUUAGGGUUGUUGAUUUUCAUUGACGUCUUUGGCCAAUAUUUUUAGCGUCGUGGCGGUGAGAUUCAAAUGAAUAUUUUGAAGGAAUGUGACUAAUUUGUUACUCAAGUGUUUUAGCUGCUAAUCUGCCAAUUGCACACUGUUAAUGUUUUCUCAGGUGAAUGGCAGUGGGAUAAAGUCUCAUCUGGAUGAAUUGUUAAAUUGUAUUUCAAAACCUGCAUUUUGAUUUUAUUGUAAAGGGUUUUUAUGUUCAUGAAAUGUUGAAUAACACUGGAUACAAAACUUCAA